UUUUUUUUUAUACUUCACUCCUCUCGUCGCGCCGAGUUUAUCCGUGCGGUGCAUGUGUGCGACAGUUGUAUACGUGAGUGUUUGUGUGGUGCGUGUUCGUGCGCGCGCGUCGUCUUGCACCCAUAUGUAUAGGUGUAUACAUAUACACGAUGUAUAAUACAUAAUACAUAUAUGUAUAUAAAUAAUAAUAGUUUAUAUACAUAGAGUGAGAUACGUGUAUGGUGCGCGGCGGUGUAUAUUUAUUAUUUUAAUAAUAAUAAUAAUAUACGUACCGCACGUUUAUACGCUUUAUACCUAUUAUGCGAUAGUGUUCGAAACGUAAACGGAAUUAAUUGCCGGCCGAUGUCAGCGUAGGCAGAAUUGCGAGUGUCAGCUACAGCAACAGCAGCAGCAUACUCCAGUGAUCGGCCACUGUUGAAAGAAGAAUCGAAUCGUCCGUCAUAAUUUCCAAUUUUACGCCACAGUCAUCGCUGUGAUGCAUUCAAUAUUCUGAGUUCGAUCUAUCAGCAAUGAGCCACAACAUGGGUGGUAUGGCCCCUUACGUCACGUUACCGAGAGGCCGUAAUCAGAUGGCGUACUACAAUCAAUGUCAAGACAUGCCACCUCAUAUGCAGAGAGGCCACUGCUAUCCAGACGAUUUUAAUAAAAUGGGUGGACCCUGCUCGAUGUUGCCUAUGGGCAAUGAGUUUAAAUCACCAAUGAUGACUCCAGAUCCACCUCCACCACCCCCAGCUAAGAAAAAGCGACGUACUUCUAAUGCUGCUACUGUGACUAAUCAUGCACCUCAACCACCGCCUCCAUCACCUCAAGAUUUACUUCCACCACCUUUAACUGGUAAAAUCUAA